UUCGCUGUUGCGAAUAUAAACAAUAUGGCGGACGGGGCUGCAAAAAUGGAAUGCAUAAUAUGUCAUAAAACAGCAGGUUUAAAGCGUUGUGGGUAUUGUAAAAGUGUAUUUUAUUGCUCAAGAGAACAUCAACUUCAAGACUGGCUGGGCCACAAGCCCAUAUGCAACAAAAUAAUGCUCGAAAUAGAUAAGGAAACGAAUGGAACCGCAAGCAAGUCAAAAGUGCCAAAAGAAAACAUACACAACUGCAACACAUCAGAUUCAGAGGCAACGCAGGAUAAUAAGCCAUCAGCUUAUGAAACACCCUUUGACUCAAGACCAGUAAAAAACAAUGACUUUAUACAUCUUAAACCAAACACAAUUGUAAACGAAAUUGCAAACAUUGCUAUGAACACUUUAAACCACAAAGGAUAUUGUGUCAUUGAUGGCUUGUUCGCCAAGAAACAUUUGAGCAAUGCGCAAACAGAUAUCAAUAAAUGUAUGGACAGCAAUAGAUUCAGAGCAGGGCAAUUGAAUGGAGGCAGGACAAGCGGGGAAGAAGACAAGCUUGUCGUGAACGCGGAGAUAAGGAACGACAAGAUCAUGUGGCUUGAGGGAAAUGAAGAGGAUAUGCCGGGUAUCUGCAGAAUUGUCUCUAAAAUGGACGACAUAAUUACUGAAAUGAAUCACUUCCUCGUGAACAAAUACGACAUAAGUGGGAGGACAAAGGCGAUGGUCGCGUGUUACCCUGGAAACGGAUCCUACUACCGACGGCACGUUGACAACGCGACGCAAGACGGACGCGUCAUCACCUGCAUCACCUAUUUAAAUGAGAACUGGGAUGUCGAGAAAGACGGUGGUGUCCUGCGCAUUUUACCAGCAGGCUCGGACGACUACGUGGACGUGGCGCCGCUCGCCAACCGAAUGUUGUUCUUCUGGUCGGACGGGCGGAAUCCACACGAAGUCCAUCCGGCGUACAGAACAAGGUAUGCAAUAACAAUAUGGUACAUGGAUAGAACAGAGAGGGAGAUGGCAAAACGAUACUGCAAGUUAGAGAAGAUUGCCAAAAUGCAGGGCGAGAUCGUUUUACGGGCCAGGGAGCAGUGUCAACAGGAAAGGGACGCCGUAACGAGGCGGCUGGAAGAGGCAGCAACCGCCGCCAUAUCGUCUCUCUCAGUCCAGGAGCUCAAGGCGAUGUCGACGAUGAUAGCCGGUCAACCGGAUCCGGAUGGGAUCCUGGCAGAGCUGGGCAUCGCUCCGAGCAUACGGGGUGAGCUCAUCAAAACACUCAAUCGGGACGCCCAGAAACUACCCAAACAGUGCUAGCGAGACCCGGUAACUUCCUAUAAAUAUCCCGACGUGGAUUUGACGUGGGAUUUUGCACAAAGUGGUUCGACGUCGAAAGCCGACGUUGAGGCGACGUCACAAUUACGACCAUUUUUGACGUAGAUCCAUUUCUAUAAAUGUUUUUUUUUUAAUCUUUCUCUGUGUCUAUCGUACAGAUGUGGACAUGAAGCUGAAGAUUUAAGAAAGCAUUUUUGUUAUUAAUGACAGUUUCUUGUAGCAACAUUGUGGUUUGUCUUUACGAUUGUGACGGAUGGCUGAAUUGUUUGUAAAGUACUUGUUAACUACAUGGCAAUUAAAUAAUUUGAAAAAUAUUCACUUUAAGUGUUCACACAAAUAGAAAUGCAAAGUUGUUUUCGACUUUUUUCAUUUUGAGCAGUUUCCCAGUUGUCUUCCGAUUCGAGUUAUGAUUCUGUUAUGCACGACGAGCAAUCAUUGGAGCAUCAGAAUUUUGUAAUGCGGAGGAAAUGCUCAAACGCAGCUUCCGGUGUGGUGCCAUUGGGUUGAAAAUGGACGUAAGCGGGGAGUGGUCUCGUAUUUAUCUGGCUGUUCAUGAGUGCACUAGGCUCUAGUGACCGUUGUGAUGCCAAUGAAUAGGUUGUGGUGCCAAUCAAUAGGAUGUGGUGCCAAUGAACAUCGUUCACGAAAUCAAGCAUAAUGUUGACAACAUACAAAUCUGAAUGUUCAUGCAAAAGUAUAAUUAGUAUCUUAGAUUUUAGCAAUUCCAUCACAUAUUUGUAGCUUUUCUUACUCAAAGAUGCCUCUUUACAAACUUUGGAACUGUAUUUGUUAUACUUGGAGCACUAGGCUCAAGUUUGUGAACAUUGUGGUACCUAUGAAUUUAGGUUGUGGUGCUCAUGAAUUGUUAUUCUGUAGGAAACGAACAGUGAAAAAAUGAAAUAAAUCUGGAACUACAUUCCCCGAUUAUUAUUUGGUUUUAUUUCACAUUAUUAACCUCUUUAAAUGAAAAAAAAACAACAUACUCGUACAAUUCCACUCAUUUGCACUACAGCGGAAGAAGUGCUGUCCAGAGCAUUUCAACGGAUAUCAACAUUGUGGAUUCAAUGAUACUCCCCUGUUAUGCUGUAUCUAAACUAGUUGACAUAUUUGCUUAGUUGUUUAUUGUUCCCAGUAUACAUGUAUAUA